CUCACUUUAUCCGUAGUUCCAUCAAAAUUCCAUUUUGUCUAUUGCUGCACUCUCUCAGUCUCCCUCUCCACUCUGCUUCCCCCUCCCGGCGCGUCCUCCUCAAACGCCGGCGCUCUCGGCGUAGACUCGCCAAUCGCUGCCGCCGGAUAAGAUGAGUAAUAGGAGAGGGAAUGGAAAUGCAUCCUCCUGGGGAAAGGCUGCAGCUGACAAUACUGAGCAGUUGAGUGCGGCUGUGUCAGAAAUGAAUCUGGAACAGGGGAAUGAUGAUGGUGAAUGGGAGGUCUACAAUAAGAAGUCAAAGAACAGAGGAGGAACUAGUGCCUCAAAGCCCUGGCAGCCUCAGACUCAGAAAGUUUGGGGACAGUCCGCGGGGACUGGAAGGGCUGGGUCUUCUGGAAAUGCCUGGUCUGCGCAGUCGAAUGCUGAUUUUAGGAGACCGGGAGCUGUGGGUAGGGGUAGCACAAGGCCUGACCCUCAAGCCUAUAACAGUAGAGGGUUUGAGCAGAACUACAAUGUGCAUCAACCCUCUAUUGGAGCACCUCUUGCUAAUGGGUGGAACUGGCAAGCUAGAGCUGGUAAUGAUCAAUCUACGGCUUCAGAAGAAGGCCAGGAUCAAGCUGAGCAGUCAGUUGUUGGUGACGGUGAUGCCAAUGAUGAGGGUGACUCGGAGACUGAGUCGGUUGAUGAUUUUGAUGAUGAUCUAAUGAGUGAUGACUAUGACUCAGAUUCGAGUCAGAAGAGCCAUGAAACGAGAAGGAAUAAGAACUGGUUUAAGAAAUUUUUUGAAUCCCUGGAUGAACUUGCUCCUGAUCAGAUUAGUGAUCCUGAAAGGCAGUGGCACUGCCCAGCAUGUCGAGGAGGUCCCGGUGCCAUCGACUGGUAUCGAGGUUUGCAGCCGCUGAUGACUCAUGCUAAAACAAUCGGUGCAAACAGGGUCAAACUCCACAGAGAAUUUGCUGAAAUCUUGGAGGAGGAACUGAGGAGGAGGGGAGCUUCAGUUAUUCCUCCCGGUGAAUUGUUUGGUAAAUGGAAGGGUCUAUCAGCUGAGGAAAAAGAUUAUGAAAUAGUUUGGCCUCCGAUGGUGGUGAUCAUGAACACAAGGCUGGAGCAAGAUGAAAAUGACAUGUGGAUUGGCAUGGGUAAUGCAGAACUAUUGGACUACUUUAGCUCUUACAAACCGGUCAAGGCACGCCACUCAUAUGGUCCCCAGGGUCACCGAGGCAUGAGUGUGUUAAUCUUUGAGGCCUCAGCUUCUGGUUAUCUAAAUGCAGAGUAUCUCCAUAAGCAUUUUGUGGAGCAAAGAACUGACCGAAAGGCUUGGGAUAGUAAUCAACGUGUGUUAUAUUAUCAAGGCAGCGGGGGAAAUCGUCAGCUGUAUGGAUUCAUGGCACUGAAAGAGGACAUCGAUUUUUUAAAUCGGCACUCGCAAGGUAAAUCCAGGCUCAAGUUCGAGAUGAGAUCAUAUCAAGAGAUGGUGGUGAGAGAAGCCAGGCACUUAACUGAGAAGAACCAGCAGCUCAACUACUAUAUGGAUAGGGCUGAAAGGGAAAAGAGGCACUCAAAAUUUCUUGAAGAAUCUUUCAAAGUCGUCAGUGAUAAGCUGCGCAAGACCAUGGAGGAAAACCGUAUAGUGAGGCAAAGAACCAAAAUACAGCAUGAGCAAAACAAGGAAGAGAUGGAUUACCAAGAGCAGUUCUUUAAGGAAAAAAUUAAGUUCAUCCAUGAGGAAAUGGAUCAAAAGGAAGAAAAUUUCGAGAAGCAGCAGCAGGAGAAGAGAGAAAUGGUGAUGCAGUCCAAUGCUAGCACUUUGAAUGCCGAAGAGGACAAACGCAGGUUGGCAGACGUCGAGAAGUUCAUCAAGUUGCAGAACAAGGAGAUGGAUGAGUUCAUGGCCGAGAGGGACAAGCUGAUCAAAGAACAUGAUGAGAAGGUGAAGGAGAUGAAAAGGAGGCACUGGGAGGAGGAAGUCGAAUUGGAGAAUGAAUUCAAUACCGAACUCACUGCUCUCAUGAAUAAGUACUCCCCGGAAGAUGCACCGAUGGGCAACUGAAAGGUACUCUUGAUCGUGUGGACAGUGAUGAAUGAUGGAAAGAAGCUUACUGAUUGUGCGGCCUGGUGUACUUGCAGUUAUUUGAGGACUUGUACACUUGACGGUGGCUUUGCUUCGUUAAUUUCUCGGGAUGAUUGAGACUUUUGCUUGGUUAAUACCUUGGAAUCGGAACUGAGUCUUUUGAAAUAGCUCUGGUUGAUUUACUUUCUUGUUCGAUGAAACUUUCUCGAUAGGCUCAUUUAUUAAGAUGAAUUUAUCACUCA